AUGAAGAUGCAUGAUGAAGAAAAGGUUGCAGAUUAUUUCGUUAGAGUUGAUGAAUCUAUCAAUGCAAUUAGAGGAUUAGUAGAAGACAUAGAAGAUAAGGAUAUAGUCCAAAAGGUGAUGAGGUCUCUUCCCUCUAAAUAUGAUUCUAAGUUAUCAGCCAUAGAGGAACUUAAGGAGUUGAAUACAUUGACUAUGGAUGAUCUUCAUGGGAUACUCAUUGCUUAUGAAAUGAGAGCUUGUAGUGAUGAAACUAUUCAUAAGGAGAGUGCUUUUAAAGUUGAGAAGAAGAAUAAAGAAACUCAAAAAGGGGUUAGGAAAAUACAAGGGCAAACUACUUUUAAAUGCUUUAAUUAUGGUAAGCUUGGUCACUUUUCUGCAAAUUGUCCUUUGGAUGAUAGUGACAAAGAAAAUUUAGAAUCUUUCUCUAAGCAGAGAACCUUAAAUAUAAAGAAAAAGUUUCCCCUCAAGCUUAAGAAAAGUUUAUAUGCUAAAGGUGAUGUGACUGAUAGUAAUGCAGAAGAGUCAAUGGAUGAUGAAUCUGAAUUUUUGUUUAUGACUACUGAAUGUCUUGCAGGAAAUCAGGGUCUUAAUGAUGUUGUGUUGUCAGAUGUUGAAGGAUAA